AACGGUUUAUUAGGAAACAGGCGGUCGCUGAUCCUGAAUAAACACAUAACGUGGCGCGUGGCUCCAAGCCGGGUUCUGGUUCGGCGUGUCCCACUUGGGGAAGGCGGUGGUGGCAUGGGCUCGCGGGGAGCAAGGUGGCAGGAGGAACCCGGAGCUCUCUUCUUCUGUUAUCAGGCCAGCCCCAGCGUGUCCCCGCUGCUUAUCAGUCCUGGCAGAGCCGCCGCGCUGAGCCUCCAUACAUCCUGCCUCUGGCGCACAGGGGCCGGCCCCGCUGCCUCCCGUUUGCACAUAUAGAGGGGCCGGGACACGCGUCGUUAUGCGCGUGAACGAGGCAGGACCGUUGCGGUCGGCACAGCGAAGAGAGGCAAUGCUGGACCUCGUUAUUCUGAGCCUCCAUUUCUUCAUCUGCUUUCUCAUCUCCGUUGCCAUCUGGUAUGGACCUAAGUGUUUUAAGGAUGCAGAUCCAUGCAGCUCAAGCACAGGAACAGUUGAAACAUCACCGGAUGGUCUUAUAUUUAUUGGCAAAGAAGAUGACAUAAAGAGGUCCCGACGAGUAACGGCCAAAGUCGAUGGCAGAGAAGUUGUUGUUUUCUACCAUGAAGGGAAAUUUCAUGCUAUGGACUCUCGCUGCUACCAUGAAGGAGGCCCUUUACGUCUUGGAGAAAUAGAGGAUAUCAACGGUCAAGCGUGUAUUGUUUGUCCUUGGCAUAAGUAUAAAAUCACUUUGGAAACAGGAGAAGGAUUAUAUGAAGCAAUCAACCCUUUGGAGCCAUCACCAACACCACAGUGGCAAUCAAAGGGAGUCAAACAAAGGAUUCAUAAAGUCACAAUAGACAAUGGAAAUGUUUAUGUGAGUCCUCCAGAUCUGUCUGUAAGCUUUGACUCUGAUUAUUUUGCUGAGAAGUACAAAAAUAAUGGCGAUUUAGCUAUGGAAAAACAAAGCAACUCACAAGUGGCAGAGUGAGCUGCGGCCAGAAAGCAGAAUCCCUGUGAAUGCACCAACGAAGAACUAUUGUUGUGAGAUAAAAAUGUAUUGUGGCCAUAAAGAUUGCCUCCAGAUUAAACUCUAGUGUUAAUGUUGUGUUAAAGCAUUGAAACACGUAGAAUUGAGUAAGAUAAGAAGCUCUGCAUUGUCAAAAAUGUGACUGAUCUUGUGCCAAUGAUUUUUUCUUUUUUUUGUCACUUGCCUUUCAAAAAGACUUAUUUACAGCAGAGUGCUUCAUAAUAUUUGAUAUUUUAGAAAUCCUGUUUUCCUAGAAUUGUUUUAAUUUUUAGGAGGGAAUGUAGUACAUUACUGCUUAUAAAAGACAUUAGAGAGACUAGAGCAAAUAGUUAGGUGUAAAGGUUAUGUUUAUAUACCCAAACAGUUUAUACUUCUGAUGCCUUUAGUAUAAAUGACAUGGGAAUUUUUAACUUUUUAGAUAAGCGAGCAAUCUCUGGGUGUUUAUUAAGUGCCACAACGAGAAACACAAAAGUUGUCUGUAUUUUAGUGACCUUCUUUACGCCUAUUUGUGUAUUACUACUGUGAUUCUGAGGUAGUAUUUAUGCUCCCUUUCAUUGAACUCCUUGUGGUAGUUCAUCAAAUAUCGUGACGAGCAUUUGUCGUGGAUACUUGUGCUUCCUGAGUCUCCUGGAUAUGAAAGAAGCUGUUGUGUAUAAAAACAUGAUCCAUAACGUAGUGGCUCUUGUUUGGUUGGUUUUAUUUAUGGUAAAUAUGUUUUUAUACUUUAGAAUUAUGAACCUUUGAAAAAAUGUACUUCCAUUUUAGAGCCAAAAGUUGGGUUUCUCUAUGUACGAUACCAGAUUUGCCGCAAGAACCCCUCCGAGAAGUUUCCCCCCAAGCUGUGCUGUACGAGGGGCAAACUGGGCUCUGGGACACAGUGGGUUCUCCUUCCCAGCCUGCAGCGUCUGGGGUACGGAGAUGCUUGCAUGGCUGCCGUUCUUCCAGGUGUAUUUUUGGGUGAUUUGUUGGCAUUUGCAAAGUUUGGCCAUAAUCAGGGUUGGUGUGAAGUUGCCUGGUCUGUGAGUUUCUCUCCUGCGUGCAGUGGGUUCUCUUGCUUUUGAUGUAUCUGGGGGAUAAAUAGGUCUGUGUCAACUCGGUUCCUAUAAAUGUAUUUAAAAGUAGUGAGGCAUAGGGAGGUAUCAGAGCAAAACUUCUGUGCCCGACUGAUCACAAUGAAAAAAGCAAAGCACACAAUCAAUUUAUUUCACUGCAUUUAAAUUUAGAUUGAUUUUAAAUUUAUUUAAAUUGAUUUUAAUUUAGCUGCCCACCUCUGAUCAUGCCUUUUUAUACAGUUCCUGUGGUUGAUAGGGAGAAGUGACACCUUCAAGGUGCUGUUGAGCUGACCUGUUUCAGCUUUGUAUUUUAGAAGAACUACAGCAUGGAAACGCUCUCCUCCUCCUCCUCCUCCUCCUCCUCCUUUUGCUGACCACUCAGCCAGCCAGCGCCGACGAGACCAGGUGCAAACGCCUGCCUUCUGUCAGAUGAAUCACAGUUUGAUCAUCUGCUAGAAAAUGCUGUUGUUUACUGACCAGUUCUGUGGGAUUUAUUG